GGGGUCGCGGAUCAUUGCGGAUGUUCAGACUGGCGGGAAGCCCACCGAAAGAACGUAGUCUUCUUCCAGAGCGACAGCUCGACGCGCGGCUCAACAAGCAAAAAUCAGAUUAUCGUCUGAAGCAAACGAACGCAACAUGCGAAUGGAAGAAGAAUUUAAGAUCAGUUAUUGAUAAAAAGUAAUUGAAUGGUUUUUUCAUCGGAAAAUAAGUGAGAGAAUGAAGGUGUGUAGAAUAAAAAGUAGAGCCGUGAAUUAUAAUUCCUAAACGGGGUAGAAAAUAAGCUCAGUUUCUGUUGUGUCGUUUGACUCUUGAGUGUGCUAGAUGAAAAAUGCUCAUCCGUGACGGAUUAGAGGAAUGUUGAGAAGAAAAGGUGAUCGGAAACGAGAAUCGUGUUGAUCGACGGUGGAUUUCUGAUCGCGAUCAUGGCCGAGAUUCAGCAACCACAGGAACUGCCUCAAUUCGAUCUUCAGUCUGCGAACGGUAUCAGUAGCCAAGAUCAGAAAUCCGUUCACCAACAGCAGCAACACUAUUCGCCCCAAUUGCCAAAAUGGGUCUACCUGACGAUAUCUGAACAGAAUUCGACUCAGCCACCGGAUCAGAGUCGGAGCAAGUUACUUCCGGCAAUCUGGAACGGUUUUACAGCGCCGACGUCUCAAACUUACGUACAUCGCAGACUGAAUCCUUUCUGCGUGAUCGGAAGUAGCUUUGUAGACAAUAUCGGGGAGCUCGCGAAUCGUUUUACUGAACUGGCGUUAUUAGAUAGAAAAUCAACCAAGAGACCACCGCCCGGCUAUCUUUGUCACCUGUGCUUCAAGAAAGGCCACUACAUCAAUGAUUGCCCACAGGCGCAGUCAAAACCAGAAGGCGAGACGGGCAAAACGCCGUAUCAAGGGAAAAAACGAUGUUUUGGGGAAUACAAGUGCCCUAAGUGCAAGCACUGGUGGAUGUCGGCCAAUAGCUGGGCCAAUAUCGGCCAGAAAUGCACCAGAUGCCGUUCAAAAGAGUACAUCUACCCACACAAGCAGAGACCGUUAGAGAAACCAGACGGAUUGGAUGUGUCUGAUCAGAGUAAAAUUCAUCCUCAGCACCUGUGUCAGAAAUGUAAAAUGCUUGGUUAUUAUUGCCGAACGGACCAGUAUUACUAAAUCUCUAAUCGUAGGACCAUAGAAAAUCAGGCAUUCAAUGAAAAUUGAUGCUAACUUUUUUGCAACUGUGAUAGCAUGAAAACAUAAGUCAGAUUUUCGGCGUUUAAUUACGUAAAUAUUCGUAUAACAUUUUUUUACUCGAUUAUAUGUAUAAAUUAGUAAUUGAGCUCUAAAGAAAGAUGGAAUAGUUUCAUUUACAUACAGGUCUCUUAUAUCUUUUUUUUCAUUUGAUAAUUAUAUAUACAUACAUUGUAUGGGUAUGUAUAUGACGCUGCCGAGUUUCAUUUUCGAUUACAAAAAUGUCCACGAAUAUAAUAUCCCGUGUAUAUAUGUACAAGGUGAGGUAAUUUGCAAUCGGGAAUCGCGGAUGUCCAGCAAAUAAAAAAUUUUGGUUUGUACCCAG